AGGGCAGCACCUGUGCGGCAAGGGGACAGGUAGGGGAUAAAGCAGCAAGCAGCGUGCAGGUGCUGGUGAUGACUUGGCCUGCUGCUGGUGUGCCAGAAUAAAAGGAGGACAAGGCCAGAAGGUUUCAGAGAUUGGCCGUUGUGCAGCAGGGCCAUGGCUGUGUAGGCAGCAGCCACAGCUUUCUUGCUGCUUCCACUAAUUGCCGGCCGGUAGCUAUCUAUCUACUAGCUAGCUCUAGGUGUGUACUAGCUAUAGCUAUAGCUAGUGUAUCCGAGGUAGGAGAGAGCGAGGCAGCAGCAGGUAUGGGGAGGCCACCGUGCUGCGACAACGGCGUCGGCGUCAAGAAGGGGCCGUGGACGCCGGAGGAGGACAUCGUCCUCGUCUCCUACAUCCAGCAGCACGGCCCCGGGAACUGGCGCUCCGUGCCCGAGAACACAGGGUUGAUGAGGUGCAGCAAGAGCUGCAGGCUGAGGUGGACGAACUACCUUAGGCCUGGGAUCAAACGAGGGAACUUCACUCCUCAUGAGGAAGGGAUCAUCAUCCACCUUCAGGCGCUGCUUGGCAACAAGUGGGCAGCCAUAGCCUCCUACCUUCCUCAAAGAACCGACAACGACAUCAAGAACUACUGGAACACACACCUCAAGAAGAAGGUGAAGAGGCUGCAGCAGCCAGCUGACACCUUCCAAACCACUCCCUCCAAUGCAGUCACCAGCCCAAACUACUACAGCCCUACUAGCAGCAGCCACCACAGCCUUCAAGCAGGCGUGCAGCCCAUGAACAGCUACCCCAACACCACCUGCACCAGUGCACCGAGCAACAAUGCGACUGGUGGUGCCGUAUCAAACCUCUUCCAGGCAUGGACGAGGCCAUCACCAGCAGCAGCAGCUAACUGCAAGAUCAACAUGAUGCAAGAGUUCCAGGAAGAACAAGACGCUGCAACUUCCAUCCUUUGCAAGGAUCAGAUUGUGACUGGCGAUGCUAGCAAGUCGUCGGCAUUGGAGAUGGUGGUGGCGCCGGUGAUGGGAGCGAGCACUGCUACCUUCUCGCUGCUUGAGGACUGGCUGCUCGAUGACAUGCCCGGGCAGGCCAUGGAUGGGCUCAUGGGCAUCUCUGCCGGCUGCUGUGCAGAUCCCAUCAUGUUCAAGAGGCUAUUAUAAUUAGUCAUGCACUUGUAAUGUUGGUUGAUCGAAUGAUAAGAUCGGAUUAUCCUAUGUUUCCGGUAAUAAGCCGUUUGUUUCCUCGAGGGAAAAAUCCUGGAGAUGAUCCUGUUAAUUUGGGGAUAUUAUUACUACGAAGGAUAUAAUAAUAAAAUGGUUUAUUUAGACUUCAGUACCAAGUUUGGGUAUUCAUUGCUUCUAUCAUUUGCAGCUUUCGAUCUACUUGUAAGGCUUUUCCUUUGUAAUUUAUGUAUAGACUAUAGUUCAUGUGUUCUGAUGGCCCAUGAUUUUUGGGAGAUUAUUGAAGUUCGUGUUC